AUGCGUCUGAGGAAGCGUAUCGAUGUCGAUGCAACUACCACAUCGACGGGUACCCCUACCACGACGACCACCUCGGGUAGCUUGACUGCGACAACUUCAUCGGGUGCCUCGACUGCUACGGCAACCGCGACCCCGUCUACCUGCACAACUUAUAGGGCUCGAAUUGUCUACCAACGAAAGACCACGAUUCCCACCACCAGCUACAACACGACCGAAACCAACUCCACCCACAUUACGUUCAUCACCACCACGCCCUGCCCCGAUACCCCCACGCGCACCUGCACGUCCAACGUAACUUUCAAUCUGUUCAACCCUAACUGGUAUCGCGAGUACCGCCAGAGCUCAAGCAACAACGGAUCCUUCAGCAAUGGCUACGAGUCCCUCUACCCGUACGCCGGUCCUAACAUCGACAAGUUCUGGAACUACCAACUCCAGUCGGAGCACCGCGGUGACCAGCUGAAAAACCGUGGUGCCAUCGUUCACGUUAAUGGCAGCUUCGUCAACGGUGCUUAUGUCGGCGGUACUACCAUCUCCCGAGACUACUGGACGGCGGUAGAUUCCAGUUUCGGUACCAUCAAGACAUGCUUUAAAGUCCCAAAGCCCAACCCAGACUCCGAAGGAUGCAUAUACUACUGGGCCGGACAAACGAGGUCGUACGCACGCGAGCCCUGCAACGAGGAGCGAAGGUUGUGGGUGGCCAACGUGCUGGAUGCUUUCAACCAGACGGAGCACCCCGACUUUUACGCCUUCGCCAAUAGCAUUUGGGACGCUCCAAAAGAUCUUACAUACCCCGAAGCCUGGAAAAGGGUCUACCCUCAGAAUUAUAUCGGCGCCGGAGCGCCGAACCUCCAGAUUUACAGCGGAAUUUGGCAGAACAGGUCCUGGUCCGGACCUUACUGGCCUGACGUUCCAUCCGCCAACCAAAACACCACACUGUACGCCUUCCCAUUCCCGGCCGCACCCGUCGUGGAUCCGAGCACCGGUCUGAGGGUUCCAUGGAGCACAUUCCCCUACCUACCCAAUGUCCCCGUCCCUUACUUGCCCAGCAUCAAGUUGCCCAGGGACGGUAGGGCUUUCCCGGCUUUGAUGUACUGGUCAUUCGUCCCGAAUCCUCGCGCUCCGGCUAAAACGCUGGCAGAGAGCUCGCAGCCCUGGUAUCUCCUCCCUGCUCCACCUAGCGUCAACAAAACUGUGCAGCAGGGUGCAUGGUGGCUCACCCCUGGAUCCGCGCCCGUUCUCCAGUGGAGGCCCAUUCAGGCUUGCCCAGUUCCCCCGACCAGCGGAAACUUGACCAUUAGCGGAUCCGCAUGGAACCAAACGACUUUGUCAGUGACGUAUGGAUCAGCCACGGCCAAUUUGGCAGUCGACGCAUCCAACUGCGGGUACUCGUCGUCGGCAACCUACUGGUCCGUCGAUAAUGGCACCGAAGUUGCCGGGCCAACGCAGUAUAAGUUGCCCCUCAGCACGUUGCUGCCUGGUCCUCACGUCGUCGCCGUUCGGGCCGUAUACUUCGAUGAGUCGGGCAAUGUCGUGGGCAAUGUCCGUACCUCCAUCAGCAUCACUCUCUUGCAGCCAACAUUCACGGCCGUCUGGGCGAACCGGACCACGGAGGUCACCACCGCUCUUCCUCUGAUACUUAGCGCGGCCAACUCUAUCGAUCCAACCGACCCUUGCUAUUUUGCGAGGUUCACAAAUGGCAUCCUCAAUGGAGCUGCUUGGAAUAAGUGUAUCGGCAACAACGCCCAGGCUUCACAGUCUCUAACAUUCAAGCGAACACUCGUCUACUUCAGUUGCUCCAACGUGACCACGACCCCUUCUCCUUGCACUUUCGGUGUCAACUCAACGGCGACUCUCGCUCAGCUGCAAGCGGGCACCGUUGUGAGCAACGACACCUCCACAGCGGUGGUCGUGACCUCGGAUGCAACGUACCAGAACUUCACGACUGACAUCCCGUCACUUACGUUCUUGUCCAACACCCUUACCGGGACGGACGGAACCUAUCGAUGGUCGGUCUACAUUCAACGCCCGGGAUUCAGCCCCUCCGCCUUGGCUGCGGUGCCUGUCGACAACGCGGUUCAAAAUUAUAUCGACAUAACGAUAAGAACAAGCGGCACCUGGUUGUCCGUGAAAGCCUCCAUCUUCGGUGGGCAGUACUACCAGAUAGGCGAUCCGGUGUAUACCUCUGGAAGUGUGAGCACCAAUGCGCCCACAUUAAGCAAUCAGUUGGAGCGCAGCUGGUAUGUUCUUGGCCCCGAUGGGCGCAACAUAACUCGGGACCUUGGCAUGGGCAAGUCUCAAGUCGUGGGUACUUUCGGCAAGAUGAUCGACACUUCCUUUUUCCCAUCUGACGGACAGUACCAGGCGGUCAUACGAGUCCGUGACAUCGGCUAUAAGAAUGUGGCCGAAGACAGUGUCUUCUUUACCGUUUUCAGAACCCUCCCAUCUGUUGCGGGCUGUACGCUGAGCUCAAACACCGGUACUGCACUUAACAAGGACAAACCGUUUUACAUCAACUGCCCAUCGACCCUGCAGUACGGCGCACGUUACUGGUACUCGUACAAUGUCAACUCUAGCCCCAAUACUACUCUGGCCUACCCCGGUGACAGCCAGCAGCCGUUCGUGCUUCCCGCCGGUAACCCGGUAAUCCUCUACGCAAGGUCGUACAUUCCCGGCACCAACUACGUCAGCACGGGGCAGUCUUUCAGUCUGACUGUUUCCGAACUGGUGAUCCAGGCAGGCCAGGACGUUGGUAGCGUAUACGCCGACCUCUGCAAAGGAGCUCCUGGUCAAACGGCCGCCGCGGUUUCUUCUUUCACUUCCAGACUUGAAAGCUUGAAUCUGACUCAGGAAGCAAAGAGCGCAGCGACUGCAGCGAUCAUCACUGCUCUCCAAGUCACUGAUGUCAGCGGGGAAACGGUUGAUACGGCUUCUGCAAAAGCGGCUGCCAUCGCUUCGGUUGUCGCCGCCGCUCCAUUGACCAAUGCAGCUAAAGAAUCGGCUUCCAUCUCUGUUGCUCUUCUGUCCGCCAAGUUCGUGGACAACGGAGCUCCGGAUGAUGUCCUCAGAGCUACUGCCUCCGCCGUGGUCACAACCAAGAGCAGUGACGCGGCAAGUGGCAAGCGUGUUCUGGACACCUUGCUGAACGUUGGAAGAGCGAUGGCUGUGGCUCUCACUCCCGGGAAGUCCAACACUGUCUCCACCGCAGCAUUGGUGGUCAUUGCCAGAGCGGACACUCUUGGUACCUUGCCGAGAAGCCUCACCCAAUCCGCGAACCGGGGGCGCCGUGACGUUGCCGGAUGCCAAAUCAGCGACUUCGAUCUGGCAACCGAUCUUGCGUCUGUAGCCGGCAAUGGACAGAAGGUGGUUACUAGCAGCAGCUGCGUCGAUUCUUACCCAUACCCCGUCAACUCUUCGGUCACUUAUCAGGGCAGCCAAAUCAUGAGCUCUGCCGCUUUGACCUUGAACGUGUACGUUACCCCGGCGGGGAGCGAUACCGGGAGCCCCUUCACCGGCGCCAUCACCAAGUACAUCACCGCCGAUGUCCCAACCACGCUGGCGCCAGCUCGUCGCCGCCGUCGGGGAUUGGAAGCUCGCCAGUCCACCACCUCGUCCGUCCCCGUGUGCGUGAUGUGGAACACCGCAAUCCAGGCUUGGGACGAAAAGGGCUGCAUCACCCCCGCCACCGCGACUUUCGGCAGCACCAUCUCUUGCCAGUGCCUCGGUCUGGGUACUUACACCGUAGUCGCCAGACAGGUCGUCAUCACCGGCACCUCCACUUCCACCGUUCCGCCAACGAACACUGGCACCGCUACGCGUAUAGGCACGGGUUCCCCUACGCCUACUACUACCGAUAACGGUCCCCCGGGCGGUGGCGAAGGUGGCUCGGACAAGAUUUCGAAGGGUGCGAUCGCCGGGGCGGUCAUCGGAAGUAUUGCCGGAGCAGCCCUCCUCGGAGCUGCCGCCUUCUACUUCAUCAAGAAGCGUUAA